UUUCGACCCUUUCAACCCUUUCGACCCUUUCGACCCUUUCGACCCUUUCGACCCUUUCGACCCUUUCGACCCUUUCGACUCUUUCGGAUUGACCCUGAACGUCUACUCGACAUCCUCCUCUUCAAUCCUCACCGACGCUCCUUACGAGAAGAACCAGCUUCUUCUUCGCAAAACACUCGUUGUUUUUAGGCCCUUGUAGCCCAAGACAUUCCUUUCGUCAUUAUUUCAUGAGAGUACAGAGUACCUCUAGGGACGGACAGCAAAAGCCAAAUAACCUCAAUUCCCAACACCAAUUUCACCUGUUGAUAUUUCCAACACACGUACAAACAACAAAUCUUCACCUUCCUUCAAGAUGAAGUUCACCACAGCCACCGCCGCGAUGGUCCUUGCGGGCUCUGCUGAGGCUUUCUGGCGCAUGGAGUGCCGUGGUCGUUCGGGUCUUGCCCGUAUCGAUCCCCUCGUGAACCCAGGAGUUGCGUCGAUGCACGCCCACACCAUCUUUGGUUCUUCCGGCUUCACCACGACCUCUGGCAGUGAUGAGCUCCUCGCUGGUGACUGCACCUCGUGCGCCGUCACCGAGGACAAGUCCGCCUACUGGACUCCUCCCAUGUACUUCAAGGACGCUGCCACCGGCCAGUACAAGCUCGUCCAGCAAGUUGGAGGCAUGCUUUCCUACUACUUCCUAAACCACGCCCCCGGCGAGACCAAGAUCACCGCCUUCCCCCACGGCAUGGAGAUGAUCGCCGGCGACAACAACCUGCGCAACUUCAGCGCCGGCGAGUCCGCCCCCACCUCCCAAAAGGGCCUCGCCCAAAAGGCCAUCGGCUUCAACUGCCUCAACUACGGCAUGGCCGCCGAGGGCUCCCUCUCCCGCCACUCCAUGCCCGACAAGGCCUACCUCGACGCCAACUGCAAGGACGGCAUCCGCGCCGAGCUCAUGUUCCCCUCGUGCUGGAACGGAAAGGACGUCACCUCCGCCAGCAAGAUGGAUCACGUCGCGUACCCCAGCUCCGUCAUGGACGGCACGUGCCCUGAGGGCUUCCCAAUCCGUCUCCCGGGUCUCUUCUUUGAGACGAUCUGGAACACCGCUGAGUUCGACCGCGUUGAUGGCGAGUUCGUCUUCUCCAACGGCGACCCAACUGGUUACGGAUACCACGGCGAUUUCAUCAUGGGCUGGGAAGAGACCUUCCUCCAAUCCGCUGUCGACACCUGCACCAACCCCUCCGGCCGCAUCCAGGACUGCCCCCUCUUCACUCUGCAAACCGAUGUCACCGCCCAGUCGUGCAAGAUCAAGAAGCCCACCGGAAUCCUCGCCUCCGUCCUCGCGGUUGAGAACCUCGUUGGCCCCAUCCCCAGCCUCCCUGGUGGCGUGAAGCUCACCCCCGGCCCCGGCUACAUCGUCCAUGGCGCCGCCCCUGUCGCCGAUGCAUCGAUCGUCGUCGUCGUCCCUACCCUUUCGCACUCUGCAGGAUCUACCAUCGCACCUGCCGCUACGGCGCCGGGUGGAAUCUUCAAGGAGAACAACGCUGCCAUCGCCAAGGUUGCGGCUGUUGAGCCCCCGGCAACCACCGAGAAGCCUACGCUUAGCUUGGCUGCCAACCAGAGGGUGAGCAGCACGAGCUAUAUCACCCAGGGAGGGAGCGUGGUGAAGGUUAUUGCGAUUGAGGAGUUGACUACUGUUACGGAUGAGCUGAAGACGAAGACUGUUACUGCUGAGUCGAGGAAGCGCGCGCAUCGUCAUGGGCAUCGCCAUAACUAAGUCCAAUCCGAUACAGCUGUUUUUGGUGUUGGGUUUAGGUUGUGAGUGAUGUGAUGGGGGAGAGAAGGGGGG